AUGGCACUGAAUUUGGACCCUGAUAACUGUGCAGUGUUUGUUGUACAGGGAAGUAGAGGGAGGGAAAAAAAAAGAGUUGUUAUAAAAUGGAGAAGGUGCAGUGUGAGGAACAUACCUCAGGCAGCCCAGAGACUCUGGGACCAAGAGAGUAAGCACUUAGCAUUUGCAAAGCAACAGAUAUGUUUGGAGAUGCACAACUCCAGAGCCACAAUUGACUGA